AUGGGGCUUUCUUCUCAUCUUCUGCCGAUAUAAGGAGAAGGGCUCCGGGGGUGGCUGCCGCAGAGAGACACAGUAACGUCGCUGGCCACAAGUUUUUCUUAGCAUCUCUAAUCUCUUACCUUUCUGUUGUUAAAACAAUUCACAGCCUAAGAGAUGGAAAGCCACCCAAAUGCUUCUUCCAAAACCGAUCGCAAGACUGUAGAGAGAAACAGGAGAAAUCACAUGAAGAACCUCUACUCUGAACUCAAUUCUCUUAUCCCAAACCACAGUUCUAAGGAGACUAUGUCGUUGCCGGAUCAACUAAAUGAAGCUGCAAAUUAUAUAAAGAAGUUGCAGCGGAAAUUGGAAAGAAUGAAAGAGAAGAAAGAGAAUUUAAUGGGAAUAAACAAAUUAAGUAGAAGCAUAAGUAGUGGAAUGAUGGUGGGGGUGAAGUCACCCCACAUUGAGAUUCACGAUAUGGGUUCUGCUUUACAUGUGGUUCUGACCAGUGGGCUGGACCAGCAAUUCAUGUUCUAUGAGGUUGUACGUCUGCUUCAUGAAGAAGGAGCUCAGAUUGUUAAUGCCAAUUUUUCCAUAAUCGAUGACAUGAUUUUCCACACAGUGCAUUCCGAGAUUGGAGAGUCCAUGCAUGGUUUUGGAGCUGCGAGGAUAUCUAGAAGACUGAAAAAAUUUGUCAGCGAAUUCGUUAAUGCUUCCUGAGUGAGUGUGAUGGCCUGGUUCAAUCCCCAGUAACAGGAAGCUUCAUUUAUGGAAAAAAAAUGUCAUUUCUUUCUUUUUUCUCCAACUCUUGAAUUGUUUUCCAAAUUAGUGAGCUACAGUUAUGGAACAAGCGGAAUUGAGGCAAAUUGUAAAC